AUGUUCAGAAGGACCAUUGCACAGCUGGCAUCUGCAGCCAACGAAUACACUGGAGCGUCUGGGUCUGUUUAUCGGUUCAAAGAGCUACUGCAAGAAAGACCUCCCGUCGGCCGUGACCGCUUCGUCUUAAAAGAUAUCCCUAAGGACAUUUUUGACAAUUUCCACGAAAGAAUCCAGCCUCAGCUCCCAGAAAGCCCACACAUACGAUCGCCAUGCGACACGAUACCUGGGCAACGGAUUCUGGUAUACAAAUAUCUGACGGAUGACUUUCUUGAUCUUGUCAAGAAGGGAAUCUCACUACCAACCCGAAAGCAAAUUUUGAAGGCUAGUCUGCGUGGUAUCGCUGAUUUACACGAACGAGAUGUCGUUCAUCUUGAUACCAAGCCAGAUAAUAUCAUGGUAGAAUGCCAGCAUAAGGAGCAAGAUACGAUCAUCGAAAAGGUUCAAAUCAUUGACCUUGAGAAUGCGGCUCAUCUCCCUAAAGGUAGGUGUAUCAAAGGUAUGCUUGCCGGAAACGACAAUUGGCGAAGUCCAGAGGCGCACUUUAAGGGGCGACUUAAUAAACCGACAGACAUCUUCUCUUUCGGAGCUGCGUGCAUCUACGCUAUGCUCGGACGUGUCAUCUUUGGCCCUGACGAUGAUUUCUACAAGCAUCAGGCCCAGGGUGCGCUACCUGCUAUGAUUCGCCUACAGCGCCAGGUUUCGUAUUUUGGAGACCCGCAGGGAAUCAGCGGUCUAUUGAAACACAUAUCUGAUGAAGAUUUCAAUUGCAAGAUUCUGCAGAUAUUAUGGGAGGACAGAUUUGAGGAAUACAUCCCAUACAAAGCAUUCUCCGAGUGGGCGGAUGUUGUUGAUCCAGAGUUCAAAGAUCUUAUUCAACGAUUGACAAACUUGGAUCCGACUAAGCGACCCACGGCGUAUGAGGCAUUGCGGCAUCCUUGGUUCCAGGACAAGUAG